AUCUCCCAAUUGCGGUCUGGCUGCGGUCGACAAUUUAGCUUUCUUCGGAAUACAGAGCUUGUCCUUCAAGAUGGCAGUGGCCACCAGAGUCAGCGCACUGCUCAACGAGCGCUUGGCAGACCUUUCGUCCUUGGCCGACUUGCCGAAAUUCACAGCCGACUUGGAGGACCAGCGGCUCAAGCUGGCCGGAGUGGCAUCACAACUCUCGAAAAGUGGCCCAGUUCGUCUCUCGCAAGUAUGUUCAGACACUCGUUCCGCCCAAGCGCGGUUAGAACAGUUGCGGGGGCGACGAAAGACUCUACUUCGGAAAGUGGAGGCGUUUCCGCGUGGAGAGCACCAUAUGGAGACUCUUAUGGAAGCUCAGACAAAGCUCUCGAGGCUGAAGCUUGCCAAACGAUAUGUUGAUUUGUUGUUGGAUGUCGAUGACUUGAGCUCGGAGGUGGAAUCCAACACAGCAAGAGACAUCAAACGUGCCUUGACUGCGUACGACAAGUUACAAGCGAUCUAUAAAUCAGCGUCUAGGCUGAACUCUAAUCAACCAUUCGAAGGAACUACCGCUGCACGGAGUGAAGACGAUGCUCUACAUCCCGCAUUGGGUUUCACCGUGCAACCGGAGAUGCUGAAGUACCUUAAUACGGUGAUCUUUUCACUGUAUGACCUGUUGAAAGGACAUCUCUCUAAAAAAUUGGAACAUGCACUGGAGGCGCUCGGCUGGCCCAAGGCCGUGUCUGUGGAGAGCCUCAGACGGCAGGCGACUGACCCACACUGGUUAGCCUUCAAGAGCGCUUUUGGCGACAUGCUACUCCUCCAGGCACCGAAAACUAACGGCGAAGCGGACAAGCCUGAUUCACUCCCCGCGAUGGAGGUCCUCCUCCGCUUACCGGUUUUGCAAUACAAGUAUCACUUCACUGGGGAGCGACCUACAAAUCGGUUGGACAAGCCCGAAUGGUCCUUCACGAAAGUCCUCGCAAUGAUUAGAGAUUUCUCCCCGUUUCUAUGCGGUCCCGUGCAAUCCCUUUUGGAGGAAUAUGGCUAUGUUGGCUGGGAUGCGAAGAAUCACUUCGUUGAAGGGCUCUUGGAUGCAGUGAUGUACAAGCUCCGCUUGGACAUCCCAAAGCUAUUGGAAAAUCCGAGGCUAUUCACGCAUGCCAGCAAAGAGACCUAUGCGUUUGACAAGGCGCUGCGCGAAGUGCAUUUGUAUACGAAACCUAGCGGCAAAUGGGACGGGUGUGCCAGUGUGUUCACGGAGAGGCGAGAGUGGUUCGAGCAGUGGUUGAUAAUGGAAAUGGCUGCUGCGAAGGCUACUUUCGAGGAUGCCGUUCAAGCUGACAAGGCAUGGGAAUUCGUUGAGGAUUACUUUGGCGAAGGGGAUGCGAAGCCAACACAAUCGGCUGAACUAUUCAUCAAGAUCUUGGAAGCCAUCACGGAUCGCUACCGCUUGUUACCGGACUACUCCCAUCGCCUUGCCUUCCUGAACGAGCUGCAACUUCCUCUGCUCGAGGAUUACCUGCAGGAGGUACGGGACGGGAUCAAACGUCAUGUCAGCGCGUUUCAUCCUGUGAAUACCGCUGGCGCCUCGCUGCCGAGCAAGAUCAACCGGCUCCAGAUGCUAUGCCGGUACAUUUGCUCUUUGCAGUUCAUCUCAUCGAACCUCCGAGAAUGGGCGAACCUGCCAUUCUUCAUCGAAUUUCGGGAACAAGUCAGAAAACAGAACAAGCUCACUAACGAGGCAGAUGAUGUAUUGGAGAUUGAUCCGUCUCUGAAAGCGACUGCAGCAGAAUUGUUAGGGGACCAGGCAUCACUGUUCGAUGAAGUGGUUGCUGCGUACGAUGCCACCAUCCGCAGGUUGCAGGAUCUGGUGGUGCAGGAUAUCAUGCAGGAGUUUUCGGAAGCAAUGUGGCAAUAUGACAAAAGGCGGAACUGGGUCAUAUCAUCAUCCGAUUCGGAUUCGGAUUCGCCCACGUUCUCAUCCUCACCGCUUCUCGACGAAAUUACACCGGAGUUCUGCACUGCUCUAGAUACCCUCACAAGCUUCUUGCCAGCGAUCCAUUCUCACCUCCCGGUCACCGUCUUCUUAUCACUUCUCCAACGCGACAUUGGGCCGCGCUUGGAUGAGCACUUCUUCACCAAGUUGAUUUUAAGAGGCAGAUUCAAUGCGCAAGGGGCGAAGAAGGUUUCGUAUGAUGUGUCAAAAGGGUUGGCAAAGGGUGUUUUGGGGAGAUGGGUACGGAAGCCAGAUGCGUUAUUGAGGAGAACCACCGAAAGUCUCUCGCUGCUGACGUUGCCACUUCGUACGUCCCGCGCCAGCGGCACGAAAGCGCCUGCUCUCGUCACGAUUGUCGAGCUGCUUCUGGAAAGCAGCAACGGCCAGAGGUCUGACGAUGAAGAUAGCAACAAUGACGCGCAGGACACUGCCUUGCGGGAAGCUUUGGAGAGCGUCGGUGUGUACAGAUUGUCCACGAAGAAGGUUCAACAGGUGGUAGAGAGAAGGGUGGAAGUCGAGAACUUGCUCGAUAGCCUGGCGUGAUAGAACAGUACUACACCGUAUUAGUCCACGAUUUUGGAAUAGAAUACCAUAGCGGUCUACUGUGGUACUGGUAAAACGGCUGCUGAACAGUGCUCAAUCGGAG